AUGGGGCCCCUGAGCCGGGAAGCCUGGGCCCAGCGCCUGGCGGCCUUCCGGGCCAGCCCGUCCGCCUUCAUGGAGGGUCCCGAGGGGGAGGAUUUGGGUCGAGACCUACUGAGCGACCUGAGAAGUGAGAAGCUGAACGAACAGACCAAGGUUUCCUUGCUGGCCCUGAGCUUGGAGUACCCAGCCCAACUGUGGCCAGACACCCUUGUGGCCGAGGCGGCUGCCACCUCCCUAUUGGACACCCUGGUCUUGCUACCCCCACGGCCUUCAGCUCUCCGGCGGCCCCUACUGCUGGCGGCCACUACAGUCUUGGCGACAGGAGGUGCGCUGGGCCCCACCUCGGGAGCCUCCUGCCGGCUCCUGCCCCUACUACUUGGCUUGGCCUCGGGCAGCGAUCUGGGGCGAGGGUUUGGCCCCAUCUCCGAACAGCGCCCCCUACAGGCCACAGCGUGUGAGUGCCUGCGAGAGCUGGAGAGCUGCAAGCCUGGGCUGCUGGGGGGCUCUCUGUGGCUGCUGCGGGGCCUGCUGGGGCAGGAAGGCCCUGUCCAGCCACUCAGCCUGCUGCUGGCACUUGCUCUACGCAACACCUUGAUGAUACAGUCCAAAGCUGGGGCUGGCCUGCAGGGCCUGCUCAUGGCCGGGACCUCCCGCAUUGGGGGUGGUCUCUGGGACUGGACACUAGCUGAAGAGGGUGACUCCCACCUUCAGCCCCAGGCACCCAGCUGGCCGACAGCUGAGGAGGUGGAAUGUGGCCUUGCAGCGCUGGAGCUGAGCCCUGAGGAGGCCCGGGAGCUGCGGGCUGCUGUGGCUCAGCUCCUGGACACCACCUACCUGCUCACUCCUGUGGCCCAGGCCCAGCUUCUGUGGUUGCUCGGCUGGGCCCUCCGGGGUCUGCCGGGACAGCCACCAGCGCUCUUCAAGCCACAGCUGGUACGGCUGCUGGGCACAGCACAGCUAACGCUGCUGCAUGCGGUUCUUGCGCUCAAGGCAGCCUUUGGUGAGGCACUGUUUACUGCCCAGGAUGAGGCCUUGCUGCUCCGCAGGCUGACCUUGGCUGCCCAGCACCCGGCCCUGCCCACACCCACCCAUCUCUUUUACCUGCACUGCCUCCUGAACUUCCCUGAGAACUGGCCGCUGGGCCCCGAAGGUGAGGAGGCAGCCCCGCUACUGCUGGGGCCUCAGCUAUGCUGUGGCCUCCUGCCUAGUCUCCUGAAUGACCCGAUGGUCCUCCUGGCACGCCUGCAUUUGCUGUGCCUGCUCUGUGCAGAGGAAGAGGAGGAAAAAGACCAGGUUCAGAGCCCACGGUGCUACCUCACAGAGCUGCUGGCUGGCUUGUGGCAGAGAGCAGCUCUGGAUGGGGGCCCCCGGGCCUUGGCCACUCUCUGCUUCCAGGCCUCCUACCUGGUUGCCCACUGCCUGGCCGGGCAGCCUAUGGUGCUGACACCCUUGAUCCACGGACUGGCCCUGCUGUACCGAUCCCGGCCUGUGCUGGCUCCCCACUUUGUGGACCUAUUGGAUCAUGUGGGUCCUGAGCUGGGAGAACCCCUUAGGGUGGUGUUGCGGCAGGAGGUGGUGUCCAGUCCGGGUGGGGAUGAAGCUCUUCGCUGGCACCUGCAGAUGCUGGCAAAGGUGGUAGACAGGGAUGCCCAGAGUGCCACCCUCAGCUUUCUACAGGCCACAGCUGCCCGCUGCACAGACUGGGGCCUCCAGCAGGCCCUGCUGCGGGUCUGCCGGGCCCUGCUGCGGGCAGGUGGGGGCAGUGGCCUGGCAGACUUGUUGCAGGCACUGGCCAGGCAGCUGGAGGACCCUGAUGGGCGGGAUCACGCCCGCCUGUACUACAUCCUCCUGGCGCACCUGACUGGGCCCAAAUUGGGGGUGGCCCUGGGCCCCUCACUUGCUGCACCUGCACUGGCCUCUUCGCUGGUGGCGGAGAACCAGGGCUUUGUGGCGGCGUUAAUGGUGCAGGAGGCCCAGGCGCCAAUGCGGCUGAGUGUGGGGCCCCGCAGGGCCAAGGGUCCACUUCCGGUGCUGCAGCUCCAGGUGGAGGCGCUGGAGCCCGUCUACUCUCUGGAGCUGCGGUUCCGCGUAGAAGGACAGCUCUAUGCGCCCUUGCUGGCUGUCCACGUGCCGUGCGUGUGUCCUGGCCGUGCUGCUCGCCCUCUGCUCCUGCCCCUGCAGCCGCGACGGCCAGCCCCUGCACGGCUCCAUGUCCGCGCCCUUUACACCACGCCCACUGGCCUAACGUGCCACGCCCACCUGCCACCGCUGAUCGUGAACUUCGCUGACCUUUUUCUGCCUUUCCCCCAGCCCCCAGAGGGGGUCGGGCAGGGCUUUUUUGAGGACCUCUGGGACUCCUGCCUGCCGGAGGGCGCUGAGAGUCGUGUGUGGUGUCCACUCGGGCCGCAGGGGUUGCAGACCUUGGUGUCCCGCCACCUGGAGCCCUUUGUGGUGGUGGCCCAGCCACCCACCAGCUACUACAUAGCUAUCCGCCUGCCCCCAGACUCGAGGCUGCUGCUGCGGCUGGAGGCGGCCCAGGCAGACGGUGUGCCCGUGGCGCUGCGGACCGAUGACUGGGCCGUGCUGCCUCUGGUGGGGGACUACCUCCGUGGGCUGUGGGCUGCAGAGGAAAGCCAGGUGGGGCGAACUGUGGCCCUUGAGGAGUCUUGCCUAAGAGGGGCUGCUAAGGUCCAGGACACACUCCUGUAGCGUUUUCCCCAAAAAGACCUACCUUCACCAAUGACCUUCACUGGCUUGUUUUCUUCUGGGUCUUGGUUGGGAGCAGAUUCACUAGGGUGGGGAUAUGUCUUAAUCCCUUUUGCUGCUGUGACAGAAUAUCUGAGACUGGGUAAUGUAUAAUAAACAGAAAUUUAUGGGCUCACA